GCCUCCCCUCGGUCUGGUCGUCCUUCCCGCACCAGGCAAAGCAAGACAUUUGUCCCAAGAUACCUGGUCAGGACCAUCUUUUUCAAGGAGAGUCAACAUGGCGAGCCGGUUCUGGUUGGCAGCGGGUGUGCUGAUCCUGAUGCUGGAUGUUGUGGUUCCCCAGCAAAGCGUGUGCCAGGCGCCCAACGGCAGAGACGGGCACCCAGGAACCCCAGGGCGGAAUGGAAGACCAGGACAGAAAGGAGAUGUGGGUGCCCCAGGGAUGGGGACAAGGAGCUCUGGAAUCCGGGGCCCGAAAGGCGAACCAGGGGAAGUCGGUCUUCCAGGCGAACCAGGCAACCUAGGCUACCGAGGUCUGGAUGGCCUCAUGGGGCCCCCCGGCGAACAGGGCAAUAAGGGCCCAAAGGGUCAAGUCAGAAACAUUCAGGAUCAGCCCAGGACCGCCUUCUCGGCUUCUCGGAAGAACCCAACUCCCACCCUCUCCCCCAAAACCGUGGUCUUCGACAACAGCAUUACCAACCAGGAUAACGCCUACAGCACCCAGACAGGGAAGUUCACCUGCAGCAUCCCGGGAUAUUAUUACUUCACUUUCCAGGUGGUUUCCAAGGGCAACCUGUGCCUGACCCUUAUGCACCGAGACAAUGGGGUGGCCACGUUCUGCGACCAGAGCCAGGGCCUGCUGCAGGUCAACUCAGGGGGCAGCGUCCUGCAGCUGGCCCAAGGCGAGCAGGUCUGGCUGAACAGUGACCCUCCAGGCGGGGCCAACAUUUACAGCGGCUCGGAAGCGGACAGCGUCUUCAGCGGCUUCCUGCUGUUCUCGACGAGGGCUUGACCAGCUCAGGGCUUCGGUGGCGGGAAGAGAGUGUGAUGCUUCUCUUGCAAACGCUCCCCCUGCGAGGGAGGCCUGUGCCUGAUCGACAGGGGUCUCCCGUUCCUCCAUUCUGUGUAGCUCCUUCGUGCUGCCAAAUAAA